UCCACUCCCCCAACAUCACGCUCUACUCUCUACCUUAGGCUAACAAGGUAAUGGAAGAGCCGGUCUCCCACUCCUCCUCCUCCUCCCCCCCUCCGGCUCCUCCACCCCCUUUGUUCUCCUUCUCCUCCGCCCCGGACGUGGCUCCCACCCUCCAGCUCCGCCUCCAGUGCCUCCUCCACUCCCGCCUUGAGUGGUGGGCCUACGCCAUCCUCUGGCGGCCGUCCUCCGCCGAGGAUGGCGCCGCCGCCGGCUGCCCUCUUGUCCUCUCCUGGGAGGCCGGUCAUUUCCGCGGCGCGCGGGACGCCGACCCGCCGAGGAAGGUGGCAGGGGAUGCAGUGGUCGGCAGCGCUGCUGAUGGUUGCGGCGUUACUGACGUGGAGUGGUUUUACGUUCUGUCGCUGCCCCGGUCGUUCACGGCCGGGGACGCUGCCACACUCCCUGCCCGUGUCUUCAGGUCGCUGUCCCCCGUCUGGCUGGCGGGUGGCGACGCGCUGCACGCGUGCAGAUGCGAGCGGGCCCGGGAGGCCCAGCUCCACGGCGUCGAGACGCUGGUCUGCGUCCCUGCCGGUGGGGGCGUCCUCGAGAUGGGAUCUGCGGAGCUGAUCCCCGAAGACUGGACGCUCGUGGAGCAGGCCAGGGCCUUCCUGGAUGGUGCCCAGAUCGGCGCCGUGGACGCCGCAGGGUCGGAGGCCGCUCCUGCGCGGCCUCCGCUGCAGCCAAGGACGGGUAAGCUCUCGUCGUGGGUCGACUCCGAGCAGUCUUACGCCAAGGAAGGAACGACAGUGCGGGGGAAGAAGCUGGGACGGCGGCUGGGGACCGGGAAGGAAGUGACGGUUAACCACGUAGAUGCAGAGCGGCAGCGACGCGAGAAGCUGAACCAACGGUUCUACGCGCUGCGGUCGGUGGUGCCGAACGUGUCGAGGAUGGACAAGGCGUCGCUGCUCGCCGACGCGGUGGACUACAUCAAGGAGCUGAGGGCGAGAAUCGAGGAGCUGGAGGACGAGAUCAAGACGGCAAAGAAAGAACCCGAAGUUGUAGAUCAGGUUGGCAGUGGCCAUGCGAUCACUGCCACUAUUACGAGUAGUAAUAGUACGGUGUCAUCGGAGAUGGCGGAGGGAGGCGAGAAGGUGGUGGAGUUGGAGGUGGUGGCGGUGGGGGCGGAGGAGGCGGUGGUGAGGGUGCGGACGGAGAACGUGAAGCACCCGCCAGCGAGGCUGAUGGGAGCGCUGCGGGAUCUGGAGGCGGUGGUGCACCAUGCGAUUGUGGCGAGCGUCGACGGAGUCAUGGUUCAAGACGUGGUAGUUAGGAUGCCACGUGGGCUGAGAGUUGGGGGGAACCUAAAGGCUGCCCUUCUUGCGAAGCUGGAGAAGAAUUAAGCUAGCUUAGCGGAGUAGUUUGUCCUUCUCCCUUUUUCCCUUGCCUCUUCUUCUCUUGUGCGAGAACUAAUAUGAAUAUUAUCGGUCUUUUUUUUU